AUGGCUGGUGUCUUUGUGGGCGGAGGUGUUAAAAAUUUCGGUGGUAGGAAUUGGAAAGGAAGCGAAUUUUUUUGUGCUGGGUGGUCAUUCUUUGCUGGCUUUGGUGGACCUGCGUUAUUUCUGGUGCAUUCGGCUAUCGGGUUAGCGUUUGAUUAUGUGAAACUAGCUGGUUUGGUUGAGAGGCCGGUGUAUGGGAUUCAUAAUCCAUAUUUUGGUCUGAUGGAAAGAUUUAAUUCUCUGGAAGACAUGGCUGAUGCGUAUAUCGACUUUAUUCGUGAAGUACAACCUCAUGGUCCUUAUUGUCUAGGCGGCCAUUCUUUCGGUGGCGUGGUGGCACUAGUAAUGGCGGAGAAGUUGGUUACUUGUGAUGAAGAAAUUGAACAAGUAAUUUUGUUUGAUAGUAUCUGUGUAAAAGAUGGUACGCGGUCUUUUAAUGAUAGUGCUCGCUUUAUUGCCGGAGAAACUUGGGUUCGAAAUAUCAAAGGUUUUUGCGUCGAUCCUGAGUCAUCGAAUGUGGAAGUUCUCAUUAAAGAGGUGAAACAUGCAGAAAGACUUUUAUCUCAAUGUGCUUUGUUACCGUAUUCAGGAGCCGUUAGUUUGUUGAAAGCACAAGAGGUGGGUAGAAUGGAAGGGUUGUUGGGUUAUCCUCUGGAUAUAUGGAACGGCUGGCAGUCAUUUCUUCCGCAAUUAACGGUGUACAACGUAAGUGGUAAUCAUUGGGAAAUGUUCGAUGACGAAAAUUUAGAAGAGGUGGUUAAACAGCUAAACAGAGCUUUGCGAGACCAGUUUCAAUAA